CUCUGCCAAAACCGGCGUUUGUCGUGCACUGCUAACACAAUUUCUUUGCUGUAUUUCAGUAAACAGGAGAGUUGUAAAACCACGGAGAGCCUUUUGUACUUCCUGCGUGGUUCGUGUACUUUGAAUUGUUGACGCAACUUCACCUCUGAUUCAACCCAUCUUUUGUUAAAGCUACCACUGAGUUCAGAUUAACAAUGGAUAGCUGGAAACGCACAGUGUGUAUUGUCGUUGUCAUGUACAGUCACAUAUUUUGUGGGUGCCCGAGUCAAGACGUAGUGGUUAAGUUGGAGUCAAAAGCCACCACGGAGGGAAACUCAGCUACGUUGAGUUGUGAAUUUAGCUUAAAAAACGACCAAGCUUCUCUCUUUAUAUUUCACAAGCUUGCGUGGGUGCACAACAGUGUGGAAUUCGCUUCUUUUCAUUCGAGAGAAACACCAUACAAAAAGGGAGAAGGUGUUGUGUCAAACUAUAAUGUGUCACGUAAUGCCACACAUAGUGUUCUACAACUCCAUGAGGUUCAGUUUGAACCGGACUCCGGAAAUUAUUCGUGUGAGGUAGAGUUUAUCACAUCGAACAACAGUGGUGAAGUUGCAUAUGGCGUUGCAAAUGCCGCACUUACAGUGUAUGUGGUGCCAACAUCAUCUUCAAUGUUCCUUAAAGUUUGCGAUAGAAGUGGUUUUCUAGCAAAUGGAGCCACUGUGACCAUAACACAGGGCCAUCUGCACAAUUUCAGUUGUGAGAUGCAGGGUACCAUACCGCAAGCUACCAUUCGCUGGUACCUUGGUGAAGAACUCCAACAGACUGAUGAUAGCACAACAACAAGCGGAGGAGAAAAUGUAUUAAUUAACACAACAAGCUACUGGUCAAUUGAACCCAUAACGCGGCAUCACGAUAUGGAACUGAAGUGUACUGCUUCUACACCUCAACUAAGGGACCCACCCCCAGCAAUUCAACUUAAAUUACAUGUGAAAACACUGGCCCCAGAAUGCGACGUCAAAGAAAUCACCUCAACUUCUGCAGUUGUUCAGUGUUGUCCGGCCUAUGACUCAUCAUUUGACAUGAGGACAUAUCACUUGAUUGUUUGCACACCUGAGGAACCCAUCAUAAACAAGGCAGUCAAUGGAAGCGGCACAGUGGAAUUCAUCCUAGAGAACUUAAAGCCUGUCACUUUCUACGAGUUUGAGGUGUUUACAAAUGAUUCGUUUGGGUUGAGCGAAACUUCUGAAAAGAGUUUCACCACUUUACGCAUUAACAGCACUAAAGAAUUGGACAUCAGUGCAUUUGUUGACUCAAAUGGUGCUAUCUCUGUGGAGGGAAUUCCUGCAAGUUACCGCACAAAUUCCUCAUCUUCUGUAAGGGUGGAACGCUACUCAAAACAUCUGAAAGAGUGGGUUAUUUAUGGAGCCAACCUGAAAGAAAACAUCUUCAAUAUCACAUAUGAAGAUGUACAGAUAAGAAACUGCGAGGGGGGUUCAUGCAGUGAUGCUUCUCCUGCAAAACAACGUACUGCUGAUGCCCCUUCGGACGGGACGCAAAAUUGUCUCCCGUGGAUGAUCUCGACAAUUUCACUGGUUACUGGCCCUUGCAUUUGGUUUGUAUGUCGUAAGAUUUCUUGGAAUAGGCUGUAUAACAAAGCUAGAGGUGAAGCAUCAGCACACAAUGAGGCUUCAGACGAUGAAAACAUUCCGAUGGACGAUUAAUAAGAAGAAAAUCGAACCACGGAUUCCUCACUUUGGAGUAAUUAACAAUGGUUAGAAAGAAUUUUAAAUUUGUGAGAUUUUCCUUUUUCUUUACGGUCUGUCAUGUUAUAGAACAAAAUGUUUGACCAUGCACAAAUCACGGACCAAAGAAAACAAUCAAUUUCGAGGGAUAUUUGUACGAAUAAUUGUUUACUACAUUUAUAACGUCUUAAUGUAUCCAUAUUUUAUAGUUCAAAACACUUGUUUAGCUCAUGGCGGUUCCAAGACACAUUCGUGAUAACACAGUGGAAUACUUUGAAACGCUUGGUGGCAGCAGACUUUUCGCAAAUACCCAUU